AUGUCACACCCAGGAGAUAGUAGCAAGAGGGGUAUCCACGUUUGCCGGGACACUAAGGUCACAUUUGAAGAUGACAAUGGGCCGAAGGAUUAUCGGCAAAUGCUACCAAGCACAGCCAUCAGCAGCUCACAGCCACCCCCGGGCAGCCGUUCCAAGUCCGCCCUAAGGCACAGGUCAAGGAAACCGGAUGAGAGGGGUACGACAAAAGAAUUGGCCGACUUCAUCCGCAAUACCACGCCGCCGCCUUCGAAUUUCAUGUCCACACCGAGCCCUUCCGAGGAGGAGCAUGGAAAGAAGAGCAGAAGGCUUCCUUUGUGGCCGUUCCGGAAGAAGACCGAGAAGGAAGAGAAGAAACGAUUCAUCAAGCUGCCAGACUCAGCAGUUGCCGGGAUGACUAUUGGAGGUCAUCGCCACAUCGCGAUAUCGAUUCCGGUCGAGUAUGCACAUCUGCAGCCUGUAACCUGCAAACGCCCGGUCUCUUCAGCAGAGCGACCGGACGACUCCGCCCGGCCCAAGGAACAAACGGGGGCGCCUCCCUUUACGCCGGGCGGCGAUGAUUCGCUUUCUCUGCCCGGCCCUUCCAACAAUAGCCCUACAGAGGGGAGGCGGCGGGGAGAAGCCGGGAAAGCGCCGGAAUGUCGAACAGUAGACACGGCUCUCACUCUUCGUCCCGCCGCGACACCGUUUCAAAAAGGCCCUGCCGAUACCACUGUGGCCACGACAGAUACUUCGUCUAAUAGAGAACAACGCCACCGUCGUGAAUCCAUUGUCCGGUCCCGCUCUCCCAACACUGAAAGCCUACCUGGGACGUCGACUAGGCGGCCGAUGUACCGAGAUACACUCCAAAAACGACCAUCCACCCCCGAGAGUGAUUGCACCGACAGCAGCGAGCUCAUAUAUUCUGAUGCCGCAACGGUCCGCAUCCCUACUCCUCAAGUGAUGGCGGACUUGCGGAACAGUUCACAAUCACGGGGCUCCGACACAGGCACGGCGAGCUUCCACACCCCUGAACUUGGCUAUCUGCCCCUGACAAUCUCUAGUCGGGAGACAAUGAACGCAUGGGACUGGAACAGGGAAGAUUCACCAGUGUUCGACAGAAGCAGACCGCAAAGGCACAGCACGGAUGAGCUCGCAUCACCGCACAGUGCCUUCCACGCCCAAGAUUUCCGGCGUCAUACACUUUCAGCCUUGGCCUCACUGGAGUCCCCUUUCGGAGAACCAGGGAGCCCACAAAGCCUUUAUGUCACCCCCCUUUCAGUCAUGGCAGACUCCCAACCGUCAUCAUUGGGCCAAUCGGCUUUCCCACACAAUAGUACCAUUACCUCGGAGGUCUUAGCCGCCCACAAUAGACGCUCAUACCGUCCACCAACCCGCGGCAAAUGGCCCGCUCAACGCAUCAGUGGCAUCCCGAACAUGAGGGACAAAAACCUCUCUUCAGCACCCUGUUUCUCAGCCUCCGAAUCCUCCUUGGCGCGCCCAGCGCUCACCCACCGCGCCUCCGCGGAGAGCAUCAUCACAAACCCUUAUUCCACCCCUGCCCCCCGUCCGGCGGCACGUCCUACUGCCUGUGUUCAUCAAGAGCUCGUCAACCGCUACGAAGACCCUCGCCAACCCCCCGACCGCGAACUCAGCGCCCUCGCCGAGCGGCUCGAGCGCCUGGAACACGCCAACGAGCGCCUGCUGAGCACACUCGUGCCCUUGUUCGAGCGUAUUGCCGACCACAUGGUCUUCAGCGGCCGACCGUCGAGCUCGCGUGCGAAGAGGAGGUACAGUCACUACAGCUACCCAAGCCGGAGCGAUGUUUCGACUCAUGAUAGGAUGAGGAGGAGGAGAAGAAGCAGGAAACUUCCCGAAAGGCUGGAGAGUGUGGAUAGCUUCGACUUUGAUGGCUUAGACUUGGACCGGCCGAGGGUGCCGCAUCUGCGACCUCAGGACGGCUCUCGUAGAAACGGGCGUGCGAGGCGGGGCGGCGCUCAGGGGGCGGGAGAGAUCGGCUAUGGUACAGAGGACGGGGAUGGCAUUCACAACCUGAGCUGGUUGCGGAGCGACUCGGGCCUUGAUUCAAGGGAAACGCUGUCGUCUUACGGUGGCAGAAGGGAAUUCGGGCAAUUCGGGGAAUUCGGGGUUCCUGAUAGUCUGUUUCCGGAGAGUGUGGCGGACGAUGGUAGUUGGAGGAGGCCUUCGACGCGGAAGCCGCGGCCGCAGGAUGCUUUAGGGGAGAAUCCCGCCGGGCUGGGCUCUCUUGAGUCGGUGAUGAGGGAAGUGAUUAGGGGUGCCUACACCUAA